CCACCUCUUAUCCCCUCUCGUCCUCCAUCUCUUCCCACUGGCCUCGCGCCCCUCCACAUCACACACACGACGCCAUCGCCAUGGCCAACUCCAGCUGCCCCUCCACCUCUCCCGCCGCGCUACGCCUCGCGCGCCCCAAGCUCCCGGACUCCGCCAUGAUCAUGCAGCUCCAGCUCCAGCUCCAGCACGCGCCCCUGUUCCCCCGCCCGCCCGCGGCGCGCGCGCACCACCACCACCACCACCAGCGACGCCUCCUGCUCGCGGUCUCCGACCACGUCGCCGCCAAGCCCGUCACCGUGCCGGUGGGGAGGAUGCGCAUGCGCGCGGCGACGGCGAUGGUCUCGCAGGAGGAGGCCGCGGCCACGGCUGUGGAGGAGCAACAGGAGGAGGAGGUCGAAGAGGAGCAGUUGCAAGAGGAAGACGGAGCAGCUGUGCAGGAGGAGGAGCAGGGCGGCGUCCUGGAGGGCAGCUCGGGCGGCGGCGAGGCGGAGGCGGAGGCAGCGGGCAUCACCACCAAGCUCUACUUCGGGAACCUGCCGUACAACUGCGACAGCGCGCAGCUCGCCGGCAUUGUGCAGGACUACGCCACCCCGGAGAUGGUGGAGGUGUUGUACGAUCGGGCGACAGGGAGGAGCCGAGGCUUCGCGUUCGUGACGAUGAGCACCAUCGAAGACUGCGAGCAAGUGAUCAAGAACCUCGACGGCAGCCUGUACAGUGGGCGCACGAUGAGGGUGAACUUCGCGGACAAGCCCAAGCCGAAGCUGCCGCUGUACCCGGAGACUGAGCACAAGCUGUUCGUCGGCAACCUGUCGUGGACGGUCACCUCGGAGAUGCUGACGGAGAUGUUCCAGAAGUGCGGCAACGUGGUCGGCGCCCGGGUGCUCUACGACGGCGAGACCGGCCGGUCCCGUGGCUACGGCUUCGUCUGCUACUCCACCAAGGAGGAGAUGGAUGAAGCUCUUUCCUCGCUCAAUGGAACGGAACUAGAAGGCAGGGAGAUCCGGGUCAACCUCGCCCUUGGAAAGAAAUAAUCAAAGAGUAAUAGAUUUACUUCACAUGCACAGGAGAAACUUGCAAUACAAUGCAAUGCUGCCUUCAGAUGCGAUUUUCAGGCAACCAUGGAUGCAGCGAUUACUUGUUUGAGCGCAUCGCAAGACGGCAAGAGCAGGCACAGGAAGAAUGUAUUGUUCUGAGUUACAGCAGAUGUAUCUCUUUUUUUUAACGAAUCAGAUGUAUCUUUUGUAUGCAUGGGAAAUUUAUUAGUUUCUAUCAGUCGUUUAUCUGAUAGAAGCUUGACUGAACAUUGAACAGUUUUAGUCUGCUGGGGUUAUCAGUCAGUUCCAUUCUCUUGGAGCUGCAUUUUUUCAGUC